UUAAUGUUCGCAAAUUGAGUGGAUUCUAUCAAGAAUCUUUUUGUAUGAGGCCAGAAUGAAGAUCUGAGCUCUCAGAAGGCGCUAAGUCGUCGCUCAACAGCUGUCUUUAAAAAAUACAAAACGGUCAGAAUACUCAAAAGAGAAGAAAAUAAGGAUUCUUCUCUCUCUGAAUCACAAGAUGCUAUGUUUGUUGAAAGACAAGUAGAGGAAAUUAAGUCUCCUAAAUUUGGAUCAAGAAGGCUUGGAUUGAACCUUGUACAUAAAGUAGCACAGCAAUCUGGAGAAGAAUCAGUUGAUAUCAGCUUAGAGCCAAAAGUUGUGGCUCAAAAUGAGAAUGAAAUCACAGAUGAAACACAAGCAAAGAUUAUUGAAUGCAUGCUCAAAUUACAACAGGAGAACAGAGAGCUGAAGAAUUUGUGCAAGCAGACUCUUUGCAACAAGAAUAGGCUGAUUGAAGAUAACUGCAGAAGGAUCCAGUCACUUGAGUCAAAACUGGACCAGACUUUUCAGGCCACAGAGGACAAACAAGAUGCCAGGGACAUUAAAAUGUGCGAGCUCUUGUUAGAAAUGGAACAAAGGAUUUCAGGCAGAAUUGAAAGAGAGUCAGAAAGCAAUGCAGGAAUUAAAUCCCUCUUGAGCAAACUUGACCACAAGAAUGAGAAGAGGUUCACUAACUUAGAAGCCAAGAUUAAGGAAAGACAAGGACUGAGUCCAGAGAUAAGUUUAGGCGCAUCUUCAUCUAAUCGUACUACUUUUAUAAAGCCGCUCAAAGAAAGUAAAAGCUUACAUACAAAUUGUGAGCAGUUGAGCCCAGGCAGCAACAAAAUGUUCUUCAGCAAAGAUUUGUUACAGAAACAUCAUAAUCAGUCUAAAGAGGUAUCUAAGAACUAUGAUGAGCUUGUGCCUUUCCAUCCGGACUCAGAAGAGCAGGAUGCAGAUGUUAGAGGCCAAGUUGUGAAUCCUCCUGGCUACAAAGGUAUAACAGAAUCAGAUCUUACUCCUCCGUUGAGUUAUUUCAGGUUCAGGAAGUAAGAACAAGGUUGUAUGUAUUAUCUCUGGAAUGAGUUCA